CUUCCUUCACGACCUUUUCCUCCCCAACUCACUUCCCACUCCCUCACUCUUUACCAUCUUCACCCUCAUCUCACUCAUUCCCCCUCCCCUCAACCCCUCCCUAUUCUUCCACAUUACCCCUUCCAUCAUUUCUAUUCUUCUCUCCCCCCCUCCAACUCACCAAGCAAACUCUCCCAUCUCCUCCUCUCUUCCCCUCCCCGUUUCCCGGGUAACCGCAGGUUCCGAGGUCAGGCCCAGUCCUCGGGUUCUCCCGUCGCCUCCUCCGCUCCGCCGCUUCCCGCCCCGGACGGACUCCGGGGAAGGAGUCGCCCGCCCCCGAGAUGUUGAGCAGACUGAGUGCCCUACUGCAGCAGGCCGUGGAGACGUGAGAAAAGUCCCAACCUACUCAACCUCUCUCCAUAACUCUGUGCUUAGAGUUCCGGCAACAUCCUCAUAAAUCUCCUCUGCACUUCCAACAUAAUGGCAUCUUUCCUACACCAGGAUGACUAAAACCGAACGCAAUAUUCCAAAUGCAGACUCACCAAAGGCUUUUAUAAUAACAUAACGUAAUAUCCCAACUUCUGUACUCAGUCUCCUGACCAGUGAAGGAGGAAGAGCCUAUUCAGCUGCUAGAGUCCUUCAUCGGUCACUGGAAAGGAAUCACCAAUUAUUACAUUGUGACCACAGAUGAAAACCUCCCAGUGAGACAAACAGACAUCCCAUGGCACCUAAAGCAGAUGGUGGAUAUACUUAUUUACGAGGAGAAGCAGAGUGGAUCAGGAGAGACAGGACCAUGUAUGGAAUAUUUCUUACAGCAUAAGAUACUGGAGACACUCUGUACUCUAGCCAAGGCUGGGUAUCCCCCUGGCAUGAAACAGCAGGUUUUGGUCCUUGCCACCAAACUGCUAGGGCAAAUUCAGCAGCCAUUACUGCCUCAUAUCAAUGUGCACCGACCUGUCCAGAAAUUGAUCUGCUUGUGUGGUGUGGACUCUGCAUCCAGAACAGAAAAAGAGGAAGUAUACUUCCUAACCAUGGUCUGUGCAAAACUAAAGCAGCAUCCUUACCUGAUCAACUUCUUCAUUGAGAAGAAGAAAUUUGCUAAUUCCAGAAGAUCAUUGUCAUGUUCCUCCAAGAAGACUGAAAUUAAGCAACAGGGCACUGAUUCUGCUGUAGAAUCAGAAUCAAGUUUGACUCCAGAGGCUAGCUCAUCGCAUGCUGACCAACCUCCUGUGGCAUGUAAAAGUCCUGUCUGCCUCAGUACUGAGCAUAGAGGCACUCAGCUGGAAAAGAACCUGCUUCAUGCUAUACUAACUGUGACCUCAAGUCAGGAGAAGCGAUAUGCAUUGAAGGCCUGUGAAAGCUUGCUCUUGUUGGUCACGUUACCAGAGGAAGUGGCAGCAAGAUACAUGAUUGAAGGCACAGCGUUAUGUAGCACGCUGGCUAACAGGCUGUCUGAUCUGUACAAGCUAAUACCGGAAUCCAUUGACCCAGGACAAAUUGAGUCGCUGGAAAGAGUUAACUGGCGGUCACAAGACAGUACCUCUAAAGGCGAGGAUGCAGAAUCAUUUCCAGGGAAAGAGGCGGUGGUUGCUUUCUUUGCGUGGCUGGACUAUUGUGAUCAGCUGGUGAGAGAAGCCCAUAAGGUAACAGCUGUUGCUGUAGCCCAUGAGAUCAGGAAACACUUCUUCUCCGAAGUCCUAGAACCACAACUGUUGCAGGUAUCUGAGAUCGGAAUCCUCUCCUCCACUGCACUGCUAACGGGAAUCCUCACACACGUCACCUCUCCUCAGUUACUGGAUGAGCUGGUUCAUUUUCUGUUGGGGGAUGAACGACAACCGGAGAUUCCAGUGGAUUCAGGCUGUCACCCGCUGCGUUCCCAGCUGAUUAAGCGUUGCAACCACUUGUCGGAUGAGAUCAGUAUGGCCAGUCUCAGAUUCUUCGAACAGUUCCUGCAAAAAUCGCACGAACACAUAAUUUAUAAUCUGGUACUCCGGAACUUCUGUGACCGUAGAUACAUCGUGCACAACACUGGACAUGAGGAGGGAACUGCAGACAACGAACAUGUGGAUGAGCCAGAAGAACUGGAAGAUGAUCCUUUCUUCACAGAUAUCUACCUAGGGAGCAGAUACCCAGCGUCAGACUGGCUUGUUGCACCAGCAGCGUCACAAGCAGCUGCAAAGGCUAAUGGAAAACCAGAGGUCAACAGGAUAGUACACAGCUUUCUUUGUCUUGUUCCUGAUGCAGUAAAAACAUCACAUCUUGUGACAGGAUCUGGCUAUGAAACUUAUCUUGUGGAUGCUCAUCAACUGUUCCAGGGGUGCUGGGCCAAUGUCAGAGGCUGGAAGUGGCCAGCUGACUGCCAUUCCUUGACAAGCCAUCCACCGGUGCUAUUCUAUGAAGGAGACUUCCUGAAGAUGCUGUUUGACAGGAUGACACAGAUCUUGCACCAGCCGUAUGACCUGAAUUUGCAGAUAACAUCUGUGAUUUCAAAAGUUGCACUCUUCCCUCAUCCGCACCUCCAUGAGUAUUUGCUGGAUCCGUUUAUUAACCUGGUUCCCGGCUGCAGGUCUCUCUUCUCUAUCAUUGUCCGAGUAAUUGGUGAUCUCAUGCAGAGGAUACAGAGAAUCCCACAGUUUGAUAACAAGUUACUUCUCCUCAGAAGGCAGCUGAUGGGAUUGGAACCUGAAGACAUGGUGGAUCAUGCGAUAUUACUGAAAGGAGUGAUUGUCCUGGAGGAAUUCUGCAAGGAGCUGGCUGCAAUAUCAUUUGUCAAAUCGUCAACUGAACCCAAUUAAACCAGGAUAGUUGGGAUUGUGGACACGAUUGAACUACGUUACUGAAUGAAGUCCAUCUGUCUCCUCUUCUCCACAGUAUGGAACUUCCGUCCACUAGGAUUUGCAUUUAGCAGUUGGACUUCUUGUCACUGUGCUUUUUAAAAAAUCUAUUCCUCUUUGCCCUGAGAUAAACAUCCUGAAUUUAGCUUGCACCUAUGAGUGGGUGAGCUGUAUUGUGCUGGGAAUAAGGACUUGUUACUCAACUUUAAUCAGCGGAACUCAAUUUGCACCAAGACCAAAUGUUGGUCUCCUGAGUGAUGCUCAUCGCAACACUCGCUCCCUAAACAUCUCCUCUCAGUUUUUCCCAUCCUUUCUUUGCUCCCCUUCCCUUUCUGAAUUUUAAUCUUACAUUGUUAUUAACUGACAAUGUUUCCUGACUCAGAACGCACGUUAUAAGAUUAUAUAAAAUAAUCUGAGUGAAAUGUUUCAACAUUUCAGAGUUGUCUGAGAGUAUAUAAAUGCAAGUCUUAUUCUUUAAAGAUGAAUUAAUUACACUGGACAGCAAAUUCUUUCCGAAGUGUUGGUUCUUCAGAUUUUUUUUUGUGGUUACGUGGCUUCAAGCUGAGCUCAGAUAUGAUUUCAGACUACUUGUAUCAUGUAGGAAUUUGGAGAAACAAGAAAUUAAUUUUUAUUGAAUAUAAUAUGUUCAAUUGCUGAAGCUUUGCAAUAGGUCAACUAAGCUAAAAAUGUUUUGAUGAUGAUUUUCAUCUUUACUCAGUGGCUUCUUGCUUGUAUGUCCAACAAAAAUUAUCCAGCAAUGGUGGGUUCCAGUUGCCCUGAUACUGUUUCUCCAUGACCAUAAUGUCCUUUCACCUUGCUCUUCACUGACAGUGCCAAGAUUUGCAGGGAAGUUGUCUAAAUGGGAAUGUAGAAGAUGAGUCUUUAGUGACAUGUUGCACUUCAUGGUUUUAUAGUUUGAAGUAUGUUGACAAUAGUUUGGUGCUCUGUAGUUGCCAAGAAACUUUUCAACAUACCUGAAUGCCUUCCAUUGAAUUUUCUCCAGUCACACUAGAAGUUCAUCAACUUGCCUGUUGUUGAUGACCAUUUUGAUUGGUAGUACAACAAAAAUGCCUUUCCAACUCUCGGCAUUGGUUAUUCUGGAAAACAUCCAUCUCAAGUAUUGAAAUCUUUUUCCUUCACCUUUCAUCGCUGUCACAAAAUUUUUAAUAAGCCCCAAUUUUAUAUGGAGAGGAGGCAAAAAUAGCUUUGUAGUCUACAAGUGGCUUAUGUGUCACACUUUUCUGCCCUGCUUACAAAGUGGCCAGUACUUUUAAAUGUACUGAGAUUUUUUAGCAUAGCUGUCUUAUUUGCAAAUGAAGCAACAGUAGUUGGUGUAUCUGAGCAACAUUCCCAGAAUCAGCACCACUGCUUUCAGAUCACCAGUUGUAUUUGCUGUAUUGUAUGUGUUUCAACAAGACUUCUAAAUUUCGGUAGUUUUCUUUCACGCGUACUGCAUAGCCAAUUGGUGUUGAAGGGUGCACACUGCCAUCAUGUAGUCGCUCAGUUUUCAGGCUUAACACUGAAGAAUCAAUAACAAGAUACCAUUGUUGUGGGUCUUGCUGGCAACCCUAAACGUACCCAGGCUUGCCUGGACAAGAUAGAAAACUUUUAAGCUUAACAUUGUGGGCAACAUUUUACUGGACUUGAAUAACAAAUUGAAAUAACAAAUUUAGACGAUUCCAAAAAAGUGGUGUGUGUUGGGGAAGUUUCAUGGUGAUUUUCUUGAUCAGCAGUCUACAAUAAGAUAUACCCAAAAGUAUUCAGGGAACACAACCUUUGUUGUCCUGUGUUAUAAGGCUCUCAAGUUAUUUGGAAAUGUUGUCUGGUACAAGCAGCAUUUUAAUGAGGAUUCCCUAUUAUUUAAAAACAAUGUUUCCCACAAUUUGAGAUUGGUGGCAUGGUCUUCUUAAGAAUCUAGAACAGUACCUGCAAGAGAAUGAAAUCUUCACCUAAUUGAAUAAACAUUUGUGUUCUUUGGUG